CAGGUAAUGAGAAUCCCUCGAGAGUCAUGGUGGACAGCUGGAAAAACAGAAUGAUCCAGACCAUCCUCUAUGUACUGGUCUCCAUUGCUCUGUUUGGCAUAGUUGUGGAGACUUGCUUCAUCUACCACCUCUACACGACCAAGCACAGCUCAGAGCUUCUUUACGAUAAGGAUUUUCUACGAACUGAUCCAACAGAAGAUACCUCUUCUUUUUGUAUCAUGGAAGCCUCUACAGUCCCUUCAAAGAAGACAAGACCACCUCCAUUUAAGGCUUUCAAGCCUUUAGCACACCUGAGAGCUUAUGUUGAACGUCCCGGUGCAGACGGAGUCAUGCGGUGGAACGAUAAAGUGGACCUUGAACUUCAUGAGCUGGAGUACAAAGAAAAUAAGCUGGUGGUUGAGAAAGAGGGCUAUUACUACAUCUACUCCAAACUCUGCUUUGAUGCAAAGGAAGCUUUCUUUCAUCACUUGGUGGUGAUGACCUCGUCGCGCUUCAGGGGAUCUCUUAUCGAGCUUCUAUCUAACCGCUACUAUGAAGACCACCCCAAACCACUCAAAAGAGAAGGAUCCAUGAAAAACAGCUACCUUGGUGGUAUGUUCCACCUUUACAAAGGUGAUGCUGUUUUUGUUGUGGUGAAAAGUGGCACAGUUCGCAUGCAAUCUCUGGCAAAUAACUACUUUGGCAUGUUCAUGAUGUAGCCAGGAUUCCCUUAUUAAACUUGAAUAGUGCAGGG